CCGAUUUUCACCACCAAGGAGCAGCUCGCCGCCACCGCGCUCGCCGUCGGCCACCCGCCGUUUCUCGAAUCCGUACGGAAGAGGGGGCUCAAAUUGGGGGAAAUCAUCUGCCAGUCGUAUGGGAUCGGGUGGUUCGGGGAGCAGGGGAAAGGGAGUAGGAUCGUUAGGGUUAUGUGCAAUUAUUUGGAUGGGACGGUGAGUCUGUACAUGCGGCCGGUGGAGGGAAUCACCGUCACCGUGGAUCUUGACCGGAUGGAGAUUAUUGGGUAUCGGGAUCGGGCGAUUGUGCCGGUUCCCAAGGCGGAUGGGACUGAUUUCAGAGGGUCGAAGCAGAGGCCUCCUUUUGGGCCGAGCGUUAAUGACAUCGAUGUCGUCCAGCCCAACGGCCCAAGCUUCCAAAUCGACGGGCAUAGGAUUCGGUGGGCCAACUGGGAUUUCCAUUUGGGCUUUGACAUGCGGGCCGGGCCCAUAAUAUCAUUGGCAUCGAUCUUCGACGUCCAGAAGCAGAAGUUCCGCCGGGUUCUGUACAGAGGGUUUGUGUCGGAGCUCUUCGUUCCGUACAUGGACUUGACGGAAGAAUGGUACUACCGGACCUAUUUCGACGCCGGCGAGUACGGCUACGGGUCGUACGCCUCGUCGUUGCUUCCCGGCGCCGACUGCCCUGCUAAUGCGGUUUUCAUGGAAGCCUACUUUCCCGACGAGGACGGGAAUCCCCAGCAGCUCCCCAACGCCUUCUGCAUCUUCGAGAGGUACGCCGGCGACAUAAUGUGGCGCCACACCGAGACCGCUACUCCGGAAGUGCAGGUGACAGAGGUGAGGCGAGAUGUGAGCUUGGUAGUGAGGAUGGUUUCAACUGUGGGAAACUAUGACUACAUCAACGAUUGGGAAUUCAAGCAGAGCGGCUCCAUCAAAGUCACGGUUGGGUUAACAGGCGUGCUAGAGGUGAGAGGAUCCGAGUACACACACAAGGACCAAAUCCACGGCGAAUCCUACGGUCCAAUACUGGCCGAGAACACAAUCGGGUCGAACCACGACCAUUUCCUCACAUACCAUUUGGAUCUCGAUGUUGAUGGAGAACAAAACUCGUUCCUGAAAUCCAAAUUGGAAACGGUCAGAGUCUCAAACAGCACAACCUCACCAAGGAAGAGUUACUGGAGAGCAGUCGUCGAGACGGCCAAAACAGAGUCCGAUGCAAAGAUCAAACUGGCCGGUUCCGAGCAAGUCGACUUCACGUUUGUGAAUCCCAACAAGAAGACCGAUGUUGGGAACUCCGUUGGGUACCGUUUGGUUCCAGGGUCGGUCGUGAGUCCAUUGUUAUCCGACGACGAUUAUGUGCAGAUCAGGGGAGCUUUCACCAAGUACAACGUUUGGGUCACGCCGUACAAUGAGAGUGAGAAAUGGGCUGGGGGAGUUUAUGUCGAUCAGAGUCGAGGGGAUGAUACUUUGGCAAAGUGGAGUCUUGGCGACAGGGAGAUUGUGAACAGAGACAUUGUGUUGUGGUACACAUUGGGUAUUCAUCAUGUGCCUUGCCAGGAGGAUUUUCCGGUCAUGCCGACGUUGAGCAGUGGGUUUGAGCUCCGGCCGAAUAAUUUUUUCGAGAGGAAUCCGGUUCUCAAGGCCUUCGUGAGUUUGUAG